UCCUAAACAAAUAUUUCGUUUGAUAAUUAUACAUAAAAUUAACUUAUAUCAAUGAUAAAUUAUCAAUUAUGACUAUAAAAUUAUAUUUAAGAUUUAAAAAAAUGUGUCAAUUUGAACUUGCAGAAUAAUGAACAUUUAUUUAGCCAUUUUUACAUUAAUAUUUCUAUCACUUAAGAUUAUUAUUUGCGAUAACACUAAUGUUUGUAAUGGAAAUUUGAAUAAUGAAUAUGUAUUUUUAAGUACAUUAGAUGGAAAGGUAACUGCUUUAAACAUUGCUGAUGGUGGUAGAAAAGCAUGGGAACUAACUACUGAACCAGGAGCUCUCCUAUCUUCAAGUAUUGACCAAAUUGAGUUGUCUAAUCAUGAUCAUUGGACAAGAAUGAUUCCAUCAUUAAGUGGUAGCUUGUAUAAAUUUGAUGGAGAAACUCUGGAUCGUAUACCAUUUACAGUAGAUUCAUUGUUAAAGUCAUCCUUUCGAUAUAAUGAUGAUGUUAUCAUUUCGGGUGGCAAAGUAAGUCAAACUUAUGGUAUUGAUAUGGCUAGUGGUCAACUAUUAUAUGUUUGUGAUAUGGCUCAAUGCAAUAAUAUCACUACAGAUGAUUUGACUUCCUCAGAUAGUUGUAUUUUAGUUUUACAAAGACAAACUCAAACUGUUAGAUCAUCAGAACCUCAUAGUGGAAUAGAAAGAUGGAAUUUUAGUGUAGGACAACAUGACCUUAAGAUUAUAUCUGGAUUAAAUAAAUGUUAUCAAAUAACCAACCCUUCAUUAAAAAUUGAUUUUAAAGUAAAUAUUCCCAAUGGAAUUUUAUCUGCUUACUCAUAUGAUGAUCCAGAAAAGACUAUCUGGACACAUAAAUCUCAUUCGCCAAUAGUCAAUGUCUGGAAAUUUGAAAAUGGUAAAAUAAUUAAUCUUGACAUAUUUAAACAAGAUAAUAGUAUAGAUACAUUAGGUCCUUUAGUUUACCUGGGAAUGUAUAAAAAACAACUUUACAUUCAAGAAAAUGAAAGGUUUCUUGGAAUUAAUCCAUCUUCUCUUCAUCUACGCUCUUUUUUCAUUGAAGAAAAUAGUAAUAAUAAAUAUAAAAUUCCUUGGGAACCUAUACCAGUUUCAAGUCACUUGAUAUCAACUGAAUCUUCAGCUAUACAAACAGUUAAUGAUAAAAAUACUGCUAUAUCUGUUUUAUACACUUCUGGAUUCAUAGAUGGUAAUGGGUAUUUUCUUUAUGGUACAAAACAUCCUAAAAAAAUUGCUGACAAAGAAAAAACUAUUGAAAAAGAAAAUAACAGUGAUUUAAAAAGUAUAAACAAGUAUGGAGAUGAAAUUGAAGAAAUGCCCGUAGAAAUCAUUAUUGUAUCUUUGUGGUACUGGUGGAAAGAAGUAUUAUUCAUUAGUGUGUUGACUGCUAUUUUAAUAAAUAUAUUAAUUCCAGCACGUUUAGUUAGAUUAAUUACUUUACUCCGUAACCAAAAGAAAAAUGAAAUAAAUGACAUUAUAAAACAUAUCAAUAACACUACAGAGUGCAAAGAUUCGGGUGUUGAUGUAACAUCUGUUGAUUUUAUAAAUAAAGAACCACAUAUGACAUUAGAAUUUAAAUCUCGUUAUUUGCAAGACUUUGAACCAAUUAAUUGUCUUGGUAAAGGAGGUUUUGGCAUUGUAUUUGAAGCUAGAAAUAAAAUUGAUGAUUGUCAUUAUGCUAUUAAAAGAAUACCAUUACCUUCACAAGAAGAAUCCAGAAAUCGUGUGUUACGAGAAGUUAAAGCUUUAGCAAAAUUGGAUCAUCAGAAUAUUGUUCGAUACUUCAAUACUUGGCUUGAAGAACCUCCAACAGGUUGGCAAGAAAAACAUGACAGUAAUUGGAUUGAAAAAUCAUGUGAUGUUGAUAUCUGUAUUAGUACAAGAAGUGAUAAAGCACAAAAAAACCAACUAAAUCCAGGAAAACAACACAUGCGUUCCAAAAGUUUAUCAACAAUGAUAACUUUUUCACAGAGUAGUGGAAAACUUUCAGAAAUAUUAAAUAAUCCUAAAGCUCUAGUCAGUAAUUAUGAUCAUAGUGAUUCUUCAUUCAUAGUUUUUGAUAAUGAAACAAAUGAGAACAGCAUUAAAGAAUGUAUUUUAGAUAUUAGUUCUAGUAAUGUUAUUAAGAAUAGUAAUAGACGUAGAUAUAAGUCAGAAUGUGAUACUAAAAACAACAAGAAUAGUGAACGAAGAGCAGCAGCAAGACACUAUUUAUACAUACAAAUGCAACUGUGCCAUCAAAAUAGUUUAAGAGAAUGGCUCAAAGAUAAUACCACUAAUAGAAAUAUGAAUUAUAUACUAGACAUUUUUCGUCAAAUAGUCCAAGCUGUUGAGUAUGUACAUUUACAAGGAUUAAUUCACAGAGAUUUAAAACCUUCAAAUAUAUUCUUCUCUUUAGAUGGUCAAAUAAAAAUUGGCGAUUUUGGUUUGGUUACUGAAAUGAUUGAGUCGGAUGAAGGAGAUUCUUCUUAUGAUGGAAAAAAAAAGAAAUUUAAUGAGCAGCAUACAGACUUAGUAGGAACUCAACUUUAUAUGAGCCCUGAACAGUUAUUAGGUAUGUCAUAUAAUUACAAAGUAGAUAUUUAUUCUUUGGGAGUAAUUUUUUUCGAAUUGCUUAAUCCGUUUAACACUGAAAUGGAACGAUACCAAACAUUAACAAGAUUGAGGAAUAAUGUGUUUCCUCAAGAAUUUUCUAAUAAAUUUAAGAAUGAAUAUGAUCUAUUAUGCUUAAUGUUAUCGCCAAAACCAAAUUUACGACCAACAACAUUUGGAAUUAGAGCUAGACCACCUUUAAAAUCAUCUUUAGAUAUAUCAGUAGAUCUUGCACUGAUUGAUUCUAGUUAUCAUUUUGAUCUUCAAAUCAAAAGACGUCAACUUUCCAAUCAAUUUACUUCUCAAAAUAAGUAAACUUUUAAUAUUUUAUAAAUAAAUUUAUACAAACUUUAUGAUUUAUGUUUUUAUUUUUAUUGUAUAGUACUUUUGUUUAAGUAUUAUAUUUAUUAUUUAUAAUUAAAAAUGUUAUUAUUAAAGUAUUAUGAAGUAUAAUGUAUGUAA